AUGAACAACCGGUUGUUGUGGAGAGUAGUGUCCAGUACGGCAAGGCUGUCCACCGUAUUGCAGAUUCUCAUAUUCCUGCCUCUCACUCUUUCAACUCUGUCCACUUCUGCUUUCCUGCUUUUGUCGUUGCUUCUCUUCAUCCACUCACUGAUUCAUGGAACACUGGUUUUAUUCUGGGGCUCACCAGCAUUGUCCGUCCUGCAGGUGCCCAUGCACCCCUUCCUGCUCCUUGUUUGCUUUAACGCGUUUGCGCAAUCUGUGCAUCCUUACCUGUUAACCGCGGCGACCUUUUGGGGACGACUACUGAAGUGGUCUAGUCCGGGGUUUGUCGUCAUGGAGGGCUUGUCGAGUCUGUUGAUCGUGCAAAAACUUGGUCAGAUCGGGAGAGAGCUCGUCACUGAGGGUGACGGCUACCAGUUUGGUCUCCUUGUUGCAGCAGCCGCGGCCUAUGUGAUCUCCGCAUGGUGGAUAGUCAUCGCAUUUCCUGCAGCAGCUUUAUCACCUCUGUCGUCCACGUUGCUGGGCGUAGCCUUGACGACCCUCAUUUUCCUUACGCUCAUUGGAUUCGUUAUGCGACGAACGAACAUCAUUGAGUCCUCUGGCGUGGCCUUAUUUCUGGCCUACAACGUAUGGCUAUGUGGCUUUGAUCAGAGAUCAACAUGGGAUGCCGCCUCCUCAUAUACCCCGCUUCUCUCGAACAUCCUACCACAUAUGCAAACACUCUUCAACUUUCUCGCGAAUACCCUUCCAAAGCCUGUCCUUGUUGCAUUACUAUAUCGACUUCUCGUACUGCAUUUUGUGUCCCAGAUAUUGCCUACAAUUGGAGCUGACAGCUGGGAGGGAGCGUCUGGAGUAGAUGAGAGAUGGGAUGGUCGCCCCACAACGCGAGUGACGCACCUUCUGUUGACGUAUCGUCAAUCCAUUUUUAUUACUGUAUAUUCGCAUCUGCUCCUACUAGAUCCUUCAUCGCAAAUCUGGUGGCGGUGGAUGAAUAUCUUCUUCACUCUGAUGAUAUGGUCAAUAGAGCUUCUUCUCGGCGGCGAUGACGAAGGUGUCACGAAGAAGUGGAAAGUUGAUUGA